GAGAGGGUCCGGUGGCGUCUGCGGCUGCGGCUGGACCAGAAACGACCAAUAGACGAAUGAAUAAACAUCACUCCUCAGACAAGUCGGUGGCUGGAGGCGGCGUUAUCCUUGGUGGCCUAUUCACCGCCUUAUUCUUUGCCGUUUAUUCUUAUUUACGGGUUACCAGACGCCAAUCAAACGAAGACAAUAGUUAAAAGAUUUUCCCUCAAAUUACUUUUUAUUUUUACGUUAUUGUAAAUAUUUUUGAUAUAUAUAUAUUUAUAGCAAGAUUCUGCGAAUUUUCUCUUAUAUUUCUCUCUCAUCUUCUUGGCUGUUCUUCUGUUCUGGCUUUAAUGGCGACUGAACCUUCUUGUUCACAUUGGUGGCACUGUCCAAUCUAUUUCGUGAUUUCACUAACCCUCGCUGUGAUUUCCAUCUCCUCAUCGUUUCGUCCAAAUACAAACAAAGCAAUUGCUCCCAACAGAUUCAUUCUCAAUAAUACACUAUCUCUCAAUGCAUCUCUCUCUCUUCGCCGUAAAGGAUUCUCUAAUAUAGCUACUCUCCUUAAUGUUUACCCGGAGCUCUUACUCAUAUCGCCGGAAACCACCAUUUUCGCCGUCGAUGACGCUAUCAUCUCUAGUUUCUCUCUAUAUCCUACUGUCCUCAAACAGCUUUUGCGAUACCACGCUUCUCCUUCUAAUCUCCCCAUGAAGGAUCUACUCAAGAUGAAGAAGAAUUCUUGCUUGCCGACGCUUCUCGAAUCGAAGAACGUUGCGGUUACUAAAAUUGAUACAGGAAAGGGUUCAAUCGAGAUUAACAAUGUCUCGAUUUCGCAUCCGGAUUUGUUUCUUGGAGAUUCCAUCUCGAUUCAUGGAAUUCUUGGAGCUUUUUAUUUGCCGGAAAAUGAAGAUCGGAGCUUUCGACGAUCACCCACUUGUGAAAGUAAUGUUUCAGAUUCUAAACCGAAGAUCAACUGGGAACGGAUAGUUCGAUUACUGGGUUCGAAUGGAUUCGUUUCAUUUGCAAUUGGGUUGCAUUCUGUUCUUCCUGGGAUUGUUCGAGACUACUCUGGUUUGAGUUCAGUAACGGUUCUUGUUCCUACAAGUUUCUCUUUUGUGGCGGCUUCUCCUUCGUUGUUGGAUAGAAUUGUAAGAUUUCAUAUUUUACCAGUGAGAUUGACUGAGAAGGAAAUGGGUUUGUUGCCGGAGAAAUCAUCUCUCUUUACCCUGCUUCGAUCGCAUAACAUGACCGUGACUGAAAACGUCGAGACGGCGACAGUUUUGGCUUUAAACGAAGUGGAGAUCAUUAGAGGUGAUGUUUAUUUGUGUGAUGAGUUUGUAAUUCAUGAGAUUUCUCGACCUUUUCAGUUAGAUGAAUUUCUUAGUUGAUGAACAAAUACCAUGUGUAGUUGAAAUGAGAAUGAAAUUGGAGCAUUCUACU